AUGACUGUCCGACCUGGAGAUAUGGAGAGAUAUAACUGUGAUCAGGUCGAAGAGGCAGAUCAAGCAAAUACGGUUUUUGUUUUGUGGUGCCAAACUCCUCGGCUCCGCUGUAGUAGCCGUAGAAGCUCACAGAAGUCGGUCGUGGAAACCCUGAUCAGAGGAGCAGGUAUUUCUGAGUUGGUACACAACACGAAUUUGGAUGUGUUCGCUUUGUCCGAUGGGGAUAGGGAUGGGGAGGAACAGAUAAUCGUCCUUGCCCAGAUUUCGAGGGGCUGGAAAACGAGUGGAUGGCUUUGCACGCUCCUAGGCCUGAACUGGAGGCUUGAACCUGGUUUCGGACCCGCUUUGGCCGUGAGGCACAGUCCUUCUUCGCCUCCAGCUGAGGCUGGGUUCGGAGGACUCGCGAUUAAACAAACGGAGGGGCUGGGGAGGUCGCCGUGCCACAUUUUAGCCCACCUUUUUUAUCCGCCAAAGAAUAGUAGUGUAUCCGUGUCACCUGGUUGUGGAGGAGCCGGCUAUCGAUUGCGGGCCUUGUUGGAAAAGGAAUUUCCCCUGCCCGAAUUGGAUUUCUCCGCUCCAAAGGAUAUGAAUAAGCAACUCGUCACCAGCCUGGAGCCCGGGGCCCCGGGACUCGCCUCGGCCCUCGCCGACGGCUCCGGGGAGGCGAGGAACAGGCCGGAGAGGGAGCAGCUGUCGCCCCCCUGCCCCCCGGCCCGGCUCGCCCGUUCGGCUUCCAACGGCAUCCAAACUUUGCUCUCCGAGGAUGCCCGAGCAGGCAUCUCCAGGCUCAGCGGCGCCCUGGUCCAGCCUGCCACCGCUACCCUCAAAGAUGCCAGCGACUCCUUUCCCCUCCAGAGCCUCCCGGCCUCCUCCCCCAGCCAGACCAACGCUCCCCUUUGCAAAAUCCCGGCCCUGCAGGGCGCAGAAGGGGUGGCCAACGUGAGCCUGGGGAAGGGCACUUUGGACCACAACAGGGCCCAGCCCGGCUCCUGGGUGAACAUGAGCCAAAGCACCGUGGUGCUGGGGACGGACGGCAUCACCUCCGUCCUCCCCGGCAGCGUCACUGCGGUAACCGGUCCUGAGGAAGAUGAAGGGGACGAGAAUAAGGCCCGCGGGAACUGGUCUAGCAAACUGGAUUUCAUCCUGUCCAUGGUGGGCUAUGCGGUGGGGCUGGGCAACGUGUGGCGGUUCCCGUACCUGGCCUUUCAGAAUGGAGGAGGCGCCUUUCUCAUCCCCUACUUGAUGAUGCUGGCUCUGGCUGGGCUGCCCAUUUUCUUCCUUGAGGUGUCGCUGGGGCAGUUUGCUAGCCAGGGCCCUGUAUCUGUCUGGAAAGCCAUCCCUGCCUUGCAAGGCUGCGGCAUUGCUAUGCUGAUCAUUUCAGUCCUAAUAGCCAUAUACUAUAAUGUUAUUAUAUGCUACACACUUUUCUACCUGUUUGCCUCCUUUGUGUCUGUGCUGCCCUGGGCAUCUUGCAACAACCCCUGGAACACGCCAGAUUGCAAAGAUAAAACCAAACUUUUAUUAGAUUCCUGUUUCAUUGGUGAUCACCCCAAGAUACAAAUCAAGAACUCAACUUUCUGCAUGACUGCCUAUCCAAACUUGACUCUGGUGAAUUUCACCAACCAGGCCAACAAGACGUUUGUCAGUGGGAGUGAAGAAUAUUUCAAGUACUUUGUGUUGAAGAUUUCUGCAGGGAUUGAAUAUCCUGGUGAAAUCAGGUGGCCGUUAGUCGUCUGUCUCUUUCUGGCUUGGGUGAUUGUGUAUGCAUCCCUUGCUAAAGGAAUCAAAACAUCAGGAAAAGUGGUGUAUUUUACUGCUACAUUUCCUUACGUGGUGCUAGUCAUCCUGCUUAUCCGAGGAGUCACCUUACCAGGAGCUGGAGCAGGAAUCUGGUACUUCAUCACGCCUAAGUGGGAGAAACUUACUGAUGCUACGGUAUGGAAAGAUGCUGCCACUCAGAUUUUCUUCUCUUUAUCUGCUGCCUGGGGAGGCCUGAUAACCCUCUCAUCUUAUAACAAAUUCCACAAUAACUGCUACAGGGAUACGUUAAUUGUAACAUGCACCAACAGUGCCACAAGCAUCUUUGCAGGCUUUGUCAUCUUUUCCGUCAUUGGCUUCAUGGCAAAUGAGCGUAAAGUCAACAUUGAAAAUGUGGCAGACCAAGGGCCAGGUAUUGCCUUUGUGGUUUACCCAGAAGCUUUAACCAGGCUGCCUCUCUCUCCAUUCUGGGCCAUUAUAUUCUUUCUGAUGCUUCUGACACUGGGAUUGGACACAAUGUUUGCCACUAUUGAAACUAUAGUGACAUCCAUCUCAGAUGAGUUUCCAAAGUACUUGCGAACCCAUAAGCCUGUUUUUACACUUGGUUGUUGCAUCUGUUUCUUCAUCAUGGGCUUUCCUAUGAUCACUCAGGGUGGAAUUUACAUGUUUCAACUUGUGGACACGUAUGCGGCUUCAUAUGCUCUGGUCAUCAUUGCCAUCUUUGAACUUGUUGGAAUUUCAUAUGUCUAUGGCCUGCAGAGGUUUUGCGAAGACAUUGAGAUGAUGAUUGGAUUCCAGCCAAACAUCUUCUGGAAAGUCUGCUGGGCAUUUGUGACUCCUACAAUCUUAACAUUUAUUCUAUGCUUCAGUUUUUACCAGUGGGAACCGAUGACCUAUGGCUCUUACCGCUACCCCAACUGGUCUAUGGUGCUUGGAUGGCUUAUGCUGGCCUGUUCUGUUAUAUGGAUCCCCAUUAUGUUUGUGAUAAAAAUGCAUCUAGCUCCUGGCAAAUUUAUUGAGAGGCUGAAGUUGGUUUGCUCCCCUCAACCUGACUGGGGCCCAUUUUUGGCUCGCCACCGUGGAGAACGUUACAAGAACAUGGUUGACCCACUGGGAACAUCCUCUCUGGGACUGAAACUUCCAGUGAAAGAUUUUGAACUGGGGACCCAAUGUUAG